UAUCGAGAUGUACUGAAGCGCUGUGAAGUUUUCAGUUUCUGUAUCGUUUUAUGCAGUUUCAUCUAUUUGAAUAAAAUACCGUAGCGAAAAAUAGCGAACGAACGAAACGGCUUGGGUUUGUGAAAAAAUCGAACUUUAAUCGCUCCCCGAACUUGGGGUAUUGUUUUCCAAUGAAAAAAGAUUGUGUGUAUUUACUGUGAAAUUGUUCUGAAAUCCUCGCGUCGGAAUUUGUCAUACCAUAGUUUUCCAUCGCGUCAAUAAUAGUGGGUCGUUCGAAUGUGAAUCACAAGCCCAUCAGUUUAAGAUACAGUAGUUGCAAGAAAUCUGUACAAACUUGCAUCGGUAGUAAUGGAAAAUAGUAAGGGAACCAGGACAGGUGGCAGCAGCCAUCGGAUGAAUCCAAAUGAUUUUUUGUUUGGAAAAAUGUUGGGAGAAGGAAGCUUCAGCUGUGUUUAUUUGGCCAAAGAAGUGAGAACAUCCAAGAAAUAUGCAAUAAAAGUAUGCGAAAAGCGGUUAAUAAUACGCGAACGAAAACAGGAGUACGUGAAACGGGAACGAGAAGUGCUUAAUCGGCUUACCGGGAGACCCGGAUUCCUUGGUCUGUACUGUACAUUUCAGGACAGCUCCAAGCUAUACUUUGUCAUGACCUACGCCUGCAACGGCACGCUGCUUUCACUGCUUUCACGGCCCUCGUUCACGGUAGACUGCGCGCGGUUUUACUCGGCGGAGAUUUUGCUUGCGCUGGAAACGAUGCACAACAUGGGCAUAUUGCACCGAGACAUAAAGCCGGAAAACAUCCUGCUAGACGAAAAAAUGCACGUCUUGAUGGCUGACUUUGGGUCUUCAAAACUUGACUACAAAGAGGAGGACGAGAAGGGGGAUGAUGAGCAACCGGAUGAAGGUGUGGCCGGAUUGAAGGAGGGACCUCCUUCCUCACCGACCAUGUCCAAUGCCCGCAAGAUUGCUCAGCGUGUGCUAAGCACGGAGUACCAGGACGAGGACGACGAUACGGACGAUACGGAGGACAUUCAACCUGCUACCACACGGCCCAACAAACGUCGAAGUUUCGUCGGUACGGCCCAAUACGUUUCGCCCGAAAUCCUCACCGGAACUCUUUCCUCGCCCGCUUCGGAUCUUUGGUCGUACGGUUGCACGAUCUACCAGAUGGUUUGCGGUGUGUCACCGUUUCGGGCUGCCUCCGAGUAUCUUAUCUUUAAAAUGAUUCUCCGCUGCCAGGUGUCAUACGCAGACAGUUUUGACGCGGUAGCGAAAGAUCUCGUGACACGGCUGUUACAAAUCGAACAACGAAAACGGUUGGGAGCGUGUGACAAUCCACGCUACAGCACGAUACGACAGCACGCUUUCUUCGAAGGAAUCGAUUUUGAGCAUCUGCGCCAACAGCCCGCUCCGUUGCCAUCGUGCACGGAAUCAGUAUUAAACAAUGAAACCAACUCGUUGAGCAGUGUCUUCUUUCCCGAGGGCAUGCAGCCCGGCCUAGAUGACCGGCAGAUAUCGCGUCUGUUCGAUUUUAAACUUGCCGAGCUGAACGAAACUGACGAUGUCCGAGCAGAUGGUGGUGGCGAAGCGGUUGAAGAACGAGCGUCCGACGCUCCAGCUGGUCGUCCCUUUGUGGGUCCGAUAAGGAGAGUAGACGGUAGCAGCGGUAGUGCGGAGAAAGAGGAGACAGAAACUAAUCGCACCGGAUCGGGUCUCGUGCUAAGUUUCACACGAUCUGGAUUCAAGUUUUUUAAAUCGGUCGAAGAUGCGUUAAAAAAUGAUCCCGGACCGAUUAGCCAAUGGCAACCGUUCGCUGACGGCGAAGAUAUCCUCAAAUACGGCUUCAUUUAUAAACGCAAAGGGCUGUUUGCCCGGCGGCGCAUGCUACUGCUCACCAAACGGCCCCGUUUAAUCUACAUCGAUGCGGUGAAUAUGGUGAAAAAGGGCGAGAUUCCCUGGACAUCCGCACUGUCGGUAGAGGCGAAAAACUUCAAAACCUUCUACGUGCACACGCCAAACCGAAUCUACUACCUAGAGGAUCCGGAAGGAUUUGCACUAAAGUGGUGUGAUACCAUUACUGAUGUUCAUCGCAAGACUUUCGGAAACAGUGAAAGCAAUGAUAGCGCCGUAAUUCAAACCGAAUGAGAUGUAUGUAGGGGCUGAGCGUGUGUGUGCGUGUGUGUGAUGUUCGUGUGUAUAAAAUAGGAACAUCUUGUGGUAUCAGGCGUCAGGCGCUGCGCGACCAUAUAAAUCAUACGUUAGGAUAGGAGAGAAAUGAAACGAACGAUGACGAUGACUGUUAGGUAAGCUGCACAGUUAGGGCGAGUUAAAAUGCAAACAAUAAAUAGGAAGUUAGAGUUUAGAAUCA